AAUUAAACGCGUGCAGGCCCAUGACGCUCAAUUAGAAAAAAGGACGUGGCUGGGGGGACGUGCAGCAGCUUUAAUGGACGAAAUGCCGGGUUGCGUCGUGUUGUCCCAACUACAUACAACAACAACCUCAUUAAUUCUUCACAACUCUAAACCUCUCAAUACCAAGAGUUAUACCCUUUUGCUCUUACGAUCCACUGCCAUGCUAUUUCUAACCAUAUAACAAACCUAAUACCAACACACACCAUCAACCAAAAUGCCAGCCCUUCCACCAUCGUCAACAAUACCCUCAGGGCACAACCCCCUCUCCGUCCGCCAGAACGACGACUCGAGCAGCUCCUUCACCGCCGUGCCAACUGCCUACAAGAGCGCCGACAACUCGCUCGCCCCCGGUGUCGUCGCCGGUAUCGUCCUCGGCUCCGUCGCUGGCUUUCUUCUCCUGCUGUACAUCAUCUACAUGCUUCUACACCGCGGCCCAGUCGUGAGAACAGUCGACGGCGCAUCGACCGUUGUUUCAGGCGGGCCUAUGAGUACCGUCACCGGAGAUACGUCGACAUAUCUAAGUUUCCGAAGCAGAAGGGACCGAAGAACGAGGAAUAGAUCGAGGAGUAGGGCUACGUCUAGAUCCAAGAGGACGAGAUCGCGCACGACGGUGAAUUCGAGGGACAGGAGUCGAAGACGAACAUCGCCGCUUGUGAGCGAUAGUCGUGGAGAGCGAAUUAUCGUCGAUCCGCCUGCGCCGCGCUUCGUUCAAGAAUCGACUAUUUCUUCAGAUAACGAGAUUGUUGUUGAAGAGGAGCACAGUGUUUCUCCCCCAAGACGAUCACGACGACAGAGCCAAGACCGAUAUCGUCGAGAACCAUUGAUGGGAGAAGGAUAUCGAAGGGACUAUUCCCCGAGAGAUUACUCACCCAGAAGGGAGAGCAGACGAUAUAGCCGAGACCGGUAGGGGAGGACGAUUUGCGUAUUUUAUUUCUUCAAUUUGUUUUAAUUACGACUUCACGACAUAUUUUGGACGUUGGAUGCAUAGAUCGAUUGGAGUAUUGAAUGGACGAGAAAGGAUUUACUACGAUGUACAUUGGAAAGAAUGAGUAAUAUGCACAAAAGGAGCAGAAGAGAAGAGAGGAGG